UCAGCCGAGCAAUUGCCCACAUUUAGAGUUCUGCAGCGUUCCAUUUAUAGAAUCUUGCAGUUUACAAACCAAAGGAAGCAAGAAUGGACGCGGAAGAUCAAGUGAAAAAAUACUUUGACUGGAUUGAUUAUAUGGUGUUUGCCAUUAUGUUGAUCGUGUCCGCACUUGUCGGAGUGUAUUUUGCGUUCUUCGCCAAAAUCAAGCAAAACACCACUUCUGAGUAUUUGAUGGGCGGCAAAACUAUGGGCAUUUUUCCCAUUUCCAUGUCCCUCAUUGCUAGUUACAUCUCAGGCAUCAGCCUGUUAGGGAUCCCCGCUGAGAUGUACACCUAUGGAACCCAGUUCUGGAUGACCUUAGUUUCGGAAGUUUUCGUCGCCAUCAUCAUGGGCUACGCGAUCCUGCCGGUUUUCUACCAGUUGAAAAUCACCUCAACCUAUGAGUACUUAAACCUCCGGUUCAGCAACACUGUCCGCAUGUUAGGAACCAUCAUGUUCCUCGCCAAGAUGCUCCUCUACAUCCCCAUAGUCAUUUACGUGCCGGCAUUGGCUUUCAGUCAAGUUACAGGCAUUAAUCUACAUCUGGUGACGCCGGUGGUUUGCAUAGUUUGCAUCUUCUACACGACCUUAGGCGGGCUGAAGGCUGUGGUAUGGACGGACACCAUCCAAACGGCCGUAAUGUUUGGAGCCUUGGUGAUUACUGUGGUGGUCGGAACUGUGCGAGUGGGGGGCGUCAAGGAAGUCUGGAAACGGAACUCUGAAGGAGGCAGGAUAGAAUUUUUUGAAAUGGAUCUAGACCCCACCAUCCGCCACUCCUUCUGGACAGUGACCAUUGGCAACUUCUUCUACUGGCUGGCCUCUUGCUCGAUUAACCAGGCGAUGGUCCAACGAUGUCUGGCAAUGCCCACACUCGCAUCAGCUCGCAUAACCAUCGGAAUCUUGGUUGUGGGUCUUUGGGUGUUGGUGUCAAUGUGCUGCUACAUGGGCCUGGUGAUCUACGCCUACUACCAGAAGUGCGAUCCAGUCACAAGAGGCUGGAUUGAUAAAUCCGACCAGUUGCUGCCCUACUUUAUCAUGGAUACUCUUGGCGACAUCCCAGGCCUGCCAGGCAUGUUUGUUAGUGGAGUGUUCAGUGCAGCUUUGAGCUCRAUGUCCACCGGACUAAACUCGAUGACCGGAGUGAUUUUUGAGGACCUGAUUAAGCCGCGACUAAAGCGGCCGUUGACUGAAGCCCAGGCCAGUUUUCUGAUGAAAAUGAUCGUCGCAACAAUCGGAGUGAUUUGCGUGGGGCUGGUGUUCGUCGUGGAGAAACUCGGGACGUUAAUCCAGGCCGCUGGAAGCAUCGGAGCGAUCACUGCCGGGCCCUUAUUGGGCGUGUUCUGUUUGGGAAUGUUCUUUCCAGGGGCCACUCCAGAGGGGGCUCUGGUUGGGGGGCUUUUAAGCGGCGCAUUCAUCACAUGGAUCUCCGUGGGAUCUCAAACCGAUAUUGCCCAUGGGAUUAUCCGAUUUCCCCAAAAAUCCGUUUCGGUGGAAGGAUGCAGCGCCGACUGGGUGGCCGACUACUUAAGCAUCACGUUGUCGUCCGAUUCUCCUAAGAAGGUGCCGGAAGCGGCUUUUUUCCUUUACAGAAUCUCCUACAUGUACUACACGCCAUUGGGUACAAUAGGGGCGAUUGCUAUCGGAUUGGUUGUCAGCUAUUUAACCGGAUACAAUAAGGGCAAAAAGCUCGAUAAAGACGUCUUUUCGCCGGUGGUGCAAAGACUCUUGAGAGCGCAGCCCCCGCUUGACGCCGGCGUGGACAGCAUCCUAACCACACAUAUGUUGACCGAACUAACCGGGCCGUUAUGACCGCUUUUCAAUAGUUCUGCAUUGUUUUAGGCGAAUAAAUGUGAAAAUAAAGCAAAUCUUACCGGUUUUCUCCCAAAAA